UGAACAAGAAAUAACUCAUUGGUUAUCUUAACUCUCAUCUUCACAACGGAGCUCAAUUUCUGUUAAUGAUCUACUUCCUUGUUGAGAACUGCUUCAAGCAGUAACAAAUGGUAUAAGACGUACCAUUCACAAACAGUCUAUCAUUUUCUGGAUACUUCGACGUCAUGUUUAAUCAAACUUUAUUGAGACAUGUGGUUCUACUGUUGUUGGGAUGUCUUCUGUUCAAGUAUCACUCAGCAGAAGACUGCAGAUAUCAAUUCCUAUUGCCUGGUUCUUGUUACAUCGAUUCCGGAUCAUCAUCAGAUGUCAUCCUACCUUGUACUAUUGAAACAUGCAGCAAUGCAGCCUACACGUGUGACUAUACUGGAACUGGACAAGACUUCAGCUAUUUAGUUUUUUAUUGUAACACUAAUAAUAGCACAAGGUUGAAUUGUACAUUUCGUAGAGCAUCAUGGACAUUAUACAACAACUUAACAGCCUUGUUUAAUGUUUGUUUAAUUAAUGAAGGAGGAACGUGUAAUAUACUUACACGAAAUGUGUCUAAUUGUGUUUUAAAUAGUUAUAGUGUCACUCAUGCAUCUACAUUAACUGCAUUAAAGAUCGCGACAUCAACUCUAAGCUUACCAUCACCUCUGAACGCUUCAACCACCAACCCAACACCAACUGAAUGGACGGAGGCUGAGGCUACAUUGGUCGAGACGACCAUAACACCACUAAAUACUACUGAAUUAAAUUCAACAAACAUUACACUUUCGACUUCAUUAUUUAAUACAACAAAUUCGACUAUUGUCAAAAAUGGUAAUAGUAGUGAUAAGAGGCAAUUAAUUACUAUAAGUGUAGCAGUUCCACUAGGUAGUUGUAUUAUUGCUUCUUUAAUAGUGGGCGUAUUUAUCUGGAGAUGUAAGGUAAGAAAGACUCGGUCGCAAGGAACGAAAGUUACCAAGGUAGUAUCAGCAAGAAAUAAUAGAACCGGUCUUAAUAAUGUACUACUAGACAAGACAUUAGUCAAGGAAGUUCAGAAUGAAAACCAUGUGUAUAAUCACCCCGACAGUCGAGAUUCUAAUUAUAUCAACAGCGCUAUGAGUCAAUAUACCAUCUGUACUGAAAGUGUGGACAAGCGAGAUGUACCUGUUGAUACUUACGGCAAUAACUUAAUUGAACGCAUCGUUUCUCCUGAGAUAACAACAAACAAAACUGUAUUAAGUAAGGGUGACAGAGAUGACGAGAAAGAUGAGAAUGAACUUAACAGAAACGACCUCAACUCUCAAUAUGAUUCCCAGCAACCAACACAAAAUGGCUACUGUGAAAUCACUUUACUUGAUCAAAGCUUGCAAGAUGUCACAGGUUACUCCAGACUUUCUGUAUCACAAGACAAACAUCAUACCUAUGAAAAGUUCAAGAAGUAAAUACGAACUAUUUUCUUCUGAGGAAAGACGCAGUCACGCAAACAUUUCUAACAGCAGAAGAAACAAAAUAGGUUGCAGAUACAAGAAAUAGAAAAGAGGCGUUUGAAAUCUUCCAGGGCUGCCUGGUAGUGCGGUAUGCUAGUUGGACUGUGGAUCGUUGGGCCUCGAUGGUGCAAGGCUCAUACUGACUGACGGCUGUUUUUAUUAAAAGUCUCUUUAAGAAAAAAGAAUAACCUUAAACCAAAAUGAUUAAAUAAUUCUAAAUCUACAUUUUUUGAUGCAUUCAACCAUACUACGCAGCUUCUCUACCACCAAAGCGAAAGCCACCUUGACCUGCAAUAUUUGUGGACGGGAGUGUCUCUCCAAAAUAGGACUCCACAGUGAUAAUAAUAAUAAUAAUAAUAAUAAUCUUUAUUAUCCGUAAGGAAAUUUGUCUUACAAUUUGUGCAUUACACCAAACAAAAAACAUUAUAACUAUAAGAAACCAAAGUGUACAUUCACACCAGACUCACUCAUAAUUUACAUGUGACAAAGUUUAUACCAGAUUGUUCUUAUUUAAUGAUUCGAUUGCCAGGGGAACAAAAGAGUGUUUGUGUCUGUUUGUCUUUGCUAUCGGUGUCUUGUAUCUCUUUUGUGAUGGUAAAAUCACAAAAUCCUGACACAAAGGGUGAUUCUUUAUUUCGAGGAUCUUGUUAGCUUUUUUAUAGAUGUUUGUCUCAAACAACUGCCCAAAUGGGGUUUGUUUUUUGCCAAUGAUUUUGCCAGCAGCAUUUAGGAUUCUAUUAAGUUUAUUUUUAUUUUUAAUGCUCAGAUUGCCAUACCAGGCAGUGAUAUUGAAACUUAAAAUAUUGCAGAUGUGAGCGUGAUAAAACAUAGCCAAGGCCUUUUCGCUAACAUUAAACGAGGACAGUUUUCUUAGUAGUCGUAAUCUUUGCUGCCCUUUUUUGCUGAUAUAAUCAGUAUUUGCAGUAAAAUUUAGUUUAUUGUCUAGGAUAGUACCAAGGUAUUUAAAGGUUUGCACAAUUUCAAUAGUCUCUCCAGCUACAGAAACAAUAUCGAGAUAAACCAGUCUUUUCACGACUGAAGGAGGCCAAUGAUAUAUAUAUAUAUAUAUAUAUAUAUAUAUAUAUAUAUAUAUAUAUAUAUAUAUAUAUAUAUAUAUUGUUUAAAAUGAUAAAUGUAUAUUUCUUAAUGUAUAUUAUAAUGUAUAUUGUUAACAUGCAUUUCAAAGUUCAAAACUUUUUCUUACGAAUAUUUUUUUUAAUUUAGAAACAUAUUAAGGAGACAAAACAAUGUGUUACUUUAGUAAAUAUAA